AUGAGCAAGAACGGAGGACAAGGUGGAAUUGCAGAGGCGGCCUGGGUCCGGCGGCUGCAGGUGGAAGGAGGCGGCUGCUCUGGCUUCCAGUACAAGUUCUCCUUGGACACGGUCAUCCACCCCGAUGACAGGGUGUUUGAACAAGGUGGUGCCCGUGUAGUGGUGGAUGUGGACAGUCUGGCCUUUGUGAAAGGCUCCCUGGUGGACUUCAGCCAGGAGCUGAUUCGCAGCUCGUUCCAGGUGGUGAGCAACCCCCAGGCCGAGAAGGGUUGCUCGUGUGGGACUUCCUUCUCUAUCAAAUUCUGACUGGACUUCCUGUGGAUGGACACUGUCUGCAGACCCUUCUCGACAGUCCCCGGAGGGGUUUUGCUUGUUCUUUUUCCGGCUGCUCCCUCUCAUCUCCCUCACCAUGUAACGCAGGCUGCUGCAGAUAACUCAAGCUGUGCGCGUCUGCCUUGAGCUUAUCUUGAAGAGCUGUUGGCCUCCCCUUCUGAAACAUGAAGUAGCUGUCAGCAUGCACGCAGGAGCAUCUUCUGUGCCUUGUGAACCACCUGCCAGGUGGUGCUGACUCCCCAGCCUUGUCAUGAACAUGGAACCACUUGUCUCUGCAAGAGUGGGCUGUAUAUAUGUGUGUUUAUUGAAAGCUCUUACUUAAAAAAAAAAAAAAAAAAGUUCAAACAUGUUUGGCAUUGUUUACACAUUUCUGCACCCGGUUAGAAUUUGUAUUCUUUUGGGGUUCUGCGGCUUAGUCCUUGUUUUUCAACUGAAUGGGACUCUGAGUAUCUCUUCCCUUAGACCUCCCAGUGUUGCUGGCUUUCCACUUUCCAACUCACUGUGGGCUUUCCUAGCCGCUUCACUGAAUCUCUUAACAUGCAGCAGGUUUGUCCGGGUCCAAGCAAUCUGUAGUGUUUUUGCUGUUCUGUCAGUCCGUGGGAUGAAAACUUUUAUUUGUUAUAAAUAAACAGAAUUAGAAGAUUGA